ACUUUGUUUGCCUUGUCAUUGUUUCCCGCUGUUUGCUUUGCCUGAUAAACUCUCCCCACUCGUGUGAUCACCCUUAAACUGUAGAUAGCGGUAACUGCUGGUCUCCUAGGAACAAGGGAAUCAGGGAAGCAGGUCCGGAUCCGGAAAAAUUUUAGCUGCCAGAAAAGCCGAGAUGAUCGCCGUACUUGUGCUGUCGCUGCUCGGGGCCACCCUCGCCCUGCCCCCGAAGGAAGGAGGGAACCACUGGGCGGUUGUGGUGGCGGGGUCCAACGGCUGGGGCAACUACAGACACCAGGCCGAUGCCUGCCACGCCUACCAGAUUCUGCACCGUAACGGGAUCCCUGACGACCGGAUCAUCGUCAUGAUGUACGACGACAUCGCAAACAACGAGGAAAACCCGACCCCCGGAAUCAUCAUCAACAGGCCCAACGGCACAGAUGUGUACAAGGGGGUUCCCAAGGACUACAACAGUGAGGAUGUGACUCCCGAGAACUUCCUGAAUGUGCUGAAGGGAAACAAGGAGGCCAUGGCGGGGAUCGGGAGUGGAAAGGUGCUACAGAGCGGCCCAGAAGACAAUGUGUUUGUGUUCUUCACCGACCAUGGAGCGCCAAACCUCAUCGCUUUUCCUGAGUCAGAGCUCCAUGCGAAGGACAUGAUGGAGGCUCUGCAGUACAUGCACGACAACAACAUGUACAAGAACCUGGUGUUUUACCUGGAAGCUUGUGAGUCUGGCUCCAUGUUCCACAGACACCUGCCCGACAACAUCAACAUUUUCGCCACCAGCGCGGCCAACCCCCACGAGUCGUCCUACGCCUGCUAUUUUGACGAGAAGCGGGAGACGUACCUGGGCGAUCUGUACAGCGUCAGGUGGAUGGAGGACUCAGACACGGAGGACCUUAAGAAGGAGACUCUGCAGCGUCAGUUUAAGAUCGUUCGGCGCGAGACGAACACCAGCCACGUGCGCGAGUACGGAGACAUGAGCAUGAAGAACAUGACACUGCUGCAGUUCCAGGGAGGCCGAUUCGACGUUCCCCUCACCCCCCUGCCACCCUAUCCUCAAGUGCCUUUUGAUGCUGUUCCUGCACCCGAGGUGAAACUCGCCGUCCUUCAGCACCGCAUGAAGGUCGCCAGGACGGACGAAGAGAGGUCAGAGGUCACCGACCUGAUCAAACAGGAGUUUGCCGAUCGGCAGAUGAUCCGUGACACGGUGGAGACCAUCGUGCGGAAGGUGGCGCAGGACCAGGACCAGGCGGAUCGCGUGCUGAGAGACCGCACCCGGGACCUGACCGCCCACGACUGCUACAAGCGCGCCGUCUCGCACUUCCGCCGCCGCUGCUUCCUCUUCAAUGUGUACGAGCACGCCCUGCGCCACCUAUACACCCUGGUCAACCUGUGUGAGGAGGGCGUGUCUGUGGACAGGAUCACCGGGGUCAUGGAUCAGGUGUGCAUCGCUCGGAACUGACGACGCUCCUCUUCAAGGGCGCUGAACAUGCAUCACACCGCAUUUUAGAUUUACUGGAAAGUGUUUAAUUUUCGCUUAUGAUCACUUUUAACAUAUAGUAAGGGCUCAGAACAGUGAACAACUUUAAUUUGAUUUUUACAGAAUGCUUCAAGUUUUUCUAAUGAUUUAACAUGUAUCAACGGCAUAAAACAGUGAUGCACUUUUGAACUUUACCGAGUGCUUCAAUUUUUGCUAAUGAUCACUUUUAAGAUGUUUUUAAAUACAUAUCAAGAGCUAAAAUUAUUAGAUGUUCUAAUUACAUGAUCACUAUUGUUACAAUUUACAAUAAGUAUAAUAUUAUACAAUACUCAUAUAUUUUGAUCAAAUCUGAAUGAUCACAUGCCGCGAGGAUGAUGAUGAUCACUAUAAAUUGUAUAUCGCUGCAGACUCAGAAAUUUUGGUAUCAUUGUUAUAAUUUGGUGAUUGUAUUUCAUGCCAUAUUUGGUGCACUAAGUUACAUGUAUACCACUUCACUUCAGCUGCAGUGUUACAUUUAAAAACAUCUGUGGAAUGCCUCUGUAUUUUAUGAAAUGCUCAGAGUUGGCUUCAUGAGAUGUUAUGAAGGAAUGCAUGUUGUCGUUU